UCAAUCAAAAAAGAAAGUUGGUCAAGAAAAUUUUACUACUUGAAACAUUACUUCUCAGCUUGGCUAGUAAGAAUUACCUGAUGUAUCCAAAAAGUUAAUAAAAUACAUAAAAAAUGUUUGACACUCAGGUUUUAGCUGUAAUAACAAAAAUGUGCUUUCUAUUAACUCACUGUAUAGGCUUUCGCUGAUAGUACAACUAGUACUUUGAGCCCAAUGCCCUGCUGGAACAGACACUUCCAUGAAAAUAAAAAACUUCUCCUUCAGCUAUGCUUCUUUUGACAACACAGAAGUUACAAAUGGGAUAUCUUGACCUGAUAAUUCAUGUGUUUAUAUGACGGUAAAUGGUGCUUUUCUCUCAAUUCUAAAAGCAAGACUCUUUAAAUUUGAUUCCAAUUUUAAUUCAAUUUGGAUGCUGAACUUUGACGGAAACAAAAUUGCAAAGAAUGCUAUAGCUCUUCAUUCGUCAGGAGCUCAUUUAGUGGUUGCAAUGAAGUCUUCUACUGGGUGUCCUCUAGUCAAGCUUGAUAGUUCAACGAAUGCGGUUAUCGAAGAAAUUAAAGUUGGAACAGCCAUUGAUUGCAACUUUCUUACUCUUUCAAACGAUCACUCAAACAUCUAUCUUUCAGGAACAGUUUCAUCCACUCCUCAUAUUUUCAAAACCGGGUAUGAAGAUUUUGGAGCUACAUCAAUUACUUCAAUUCCAGUAAGCUUAGACUCGAUUUACUCCAUCCAUUCAUAUACAAGUUCAGGACAAGAACUCCUGAUAAUUAGUGGUUCAUUAACCAGUCCUACUCAGUCCUACAGCUUGUUCUCGGCCGAAUAUGAAACAGCUACUCAGCAAUGGGCCAAGAACCUUGGAUGUCCUGCUUCAUGAACUUUAAGCGGAACCAAUAAUGCAUUAAUUUUGGAAUCUGAUAGCAAAGUAAUUAGUUAUUUCUUGGAUACAAAUCCAAUUAUGUAUAUAAGCAACCUUACUGAUGGAGCCCUUGUUGGAUCUUAUGUGCCUGAUUUUACCCAAAUUGGGUUAGAAAUCAGUAGUAUAGCAUAUUCAACCUCGUUCAGUAAAGUGUUCGUGAUGAUGAAAUACAAUAAUGGAGCCUAUAAAAUUGAGUAUGACCCUUCCACUAACACAUUUUCAAACGCAUACAUAAGCACUGCAAUCAUUCCAGGAUGGAUAAUUGAAGCAGGAGGACACACUUUAAUUGGAUCUGGAGUUCCCUCUUCCUCAUCUGUCAUUGCGAUAUCAAGAUUAGCUGCAAACGGAAUUUAUGGGCAAAACACUGAUGUAUCUUUAACAUCAACAAGUGGCUCUUUCACUUCAUCAAUUGGGUAUUCUUAUUCCAACGAUGGUACUUCUUUAGUGUCUGCUACUCCUUCAUCUGAAAUUACAGGAACAUCAAAUAUCCCUUCAUUAGUGUUAUUGUCCCCUAUUCCCACUGGUGAUUUGAAUGGAGAAAGCGAUGUUAUCUUUGGAGGAGAAGAUCAUAUAUUAAAUACUGCAGUGAACACGACUGGAAUUGUAUCCAACUUCUUUCCAUGAUCCAUCAGUGGAGGAACUACAAUUAGCUCUGUGAUUGAUCCCCAUUCGAAUGGAGAGGUUCUUCCAGUUUGGGUAACAUUGAAUGCUGAUUCUUUAUCUGUUGAUUAUACUGUGCCAUCUUCUGCUGGAGGUCAGUCAUUUUACUUUACUGGGAAAAGCACUGUUGAUGGUAAAGAAUACUUAAGAAAUGCACAAAUAAAUGUGGAAGUAGAUUCAAGUUUUCCCCCAAGCUCCCCAUCAUCUUCUUCAUCUUCUUCUUCAUCAUCUUCUUCAUUAACCUGUGAAACUUUGAAUUGAGAGUCUUGCAGCUCUUCUGAAUGAACUACUUGUAAAGAAGGCUACACCCUCACCACCUCCAAAACCUGUUCCAAAUCCACCACAACUCUCGACCUAAAAUCUGCACUAGUUAUUACUGGACUUGUAGGUGGGAUUUUAGUGUCAGUAGUGGUAGGGAGAUUGUCAGGAGGGACAAUGAAGAAUAUGUGGGCGAUGUUUAACCAGUUUCAGUUGUUUCUAGUUCUUCCAUUUUUGAGAGCAGAGCUACCGUUUGAGUUUGUUCAGACUAUAAGAGCUCUUGAAACAAGUAUUCUAAAUAUUAAUCUGCUUGAUAUAAAGACUAUGUCUUUAUUUGAGAUACUAAUUGGGCAUCUUGAUUAUGAACAUCCUUAUCAAGAGUUCAGAGAAAAUGAUUAUGAUUCAGGUAGCGCCUUUGUCAAUUGAUUGGAUCUUAUUGCUUAUCCAAUUGGAUUUACAAUCUUGAUCCUUAUCUUUCACCCUCCUUUAAGAAUAUUCUGUAAGACAAAGAAUAGAUCUUAUAGACUAAAAGUUUACAGAUGUUUUACUGGCUUGGCUUAUUUCAAAUUCUAUCUGAGAUAUUAUGUUGAAAGCUUCUUGUUUAUAUGUCUCGCCUCAAUCAGUGAGAUCUCUAGAAUACCUGAAGCUCGAGAUCAUCCAACUUCAUUUGGCAUAAGUGUUAUAUCAGUUAUUCUCCUUAUCUUGUUCAUAUGACUUGUGCCUUUUCUUCUUUUUAAGGUGAAAAAUCCACAUGAAAACAAGUAUGUCAACGAACUUUUUGAAGGAUUCAAAAAGAAUAAACUUUCUCAACUAUAUAACUUUAUGUUCCUCUUAAGAAGAUUACUGAUAGUGAUAGUGAUUGUUGCGCUCAGGUCAACUGAUCUGACUCUAAAAUUUUUGAUUUUCGCAUUUCUUCAAGUUUUAUCACUCUCUUUGGUGGUACUUGUGAGGCAUCAUGAUAAAAAAUACCAGAAUAUUAUUGAGGUUGUGAAUGAAGUAUCUUACUUGACAAUAAUAAUGCUUAUUUUUAUUUACCAGAGGUAUGAAUCUACCUUUGUUGAAAUACUCUUAAACAACUCAAUUAUUGGCAACACACUGCUGGUGUUUGUGAUCAGUAUCGUUAAUCUGAUUUGCCAGGUUGUAUAUUCUUGCUACAUAAAGAAGAGAAAGAUAAUACUUCCUUCUUCCAGAAAAGUCAGGGUCAAGAAGAGUCAUCAGAGCGUAAAUAUGAACAAAGAGAAGCUUGAAAUUUUAGAUAAAACUAAGAUGCCAUUAGAGGAUGUAGGAAUAUCCACAGGCCAUAUACCUCAAAGUUUGAAGAGAACUGGUGAGGUUAGUUCUCAGAGAAUGUUUAUGGACUCAGAUGACAUAAUAGUGUUCCCUCUCUUCAGGAAGGCGAAUUUCCUGAUCGCUAAGCCACGCCUUGAUUAUUAUAACGCUAAUCAACAGCAGACUGAUAAGCCGAAAGAAGGUCAUUAUAAUGACUAAGAAUUAUUAACUUUGAGCAGUUCUUGAACUGAUAGCUUUAUUGUC